AUGCCCAACAUUCGGGAGCCGGACAGAAAUUUCGACAUUCCGGAAUCCAUCGCGCUUAGUGCCGGACGAGAUCGAUUAGGACAAAACGUCACUGUGGCUUCGUACAGGAGAAGACAUCACCUUGCGGAGGAGGUGCCAGGACUCUACAUUCGGCGUCUAACGCUCGAGGAUCCCAGGAGGAGGGAACCGUCCGGUUCAAGGUCGCAGUCCCCCGCGCGCCAUAUCUGUCAUCCUCGUAGCGGUUGCGCGCGCUCGGUGCGAGGAUCGAGUUAUAGAUCUUGGCUGGAACGAAUUCGGAAGGAAAGUCCACCUUUCUUAACAAUAGUAUCAUUGGAACUUCCGGAAUCGCCGAUACCCUUAAUAGAGUCCCAAGCAAAUGCUCGUUUAAGACGCGAUGGCUCCAAUGAAGCUGCAAACGAUAAGGACGAUAUCUUGGACGAAUUUUUGGAGAGAGUCACAGAGGUCGGGAAAGAUAAGGAAAGGGAAGUUCGCAUAGCAAGAAACAGCGUGUCCUGGAAAAGUCAUCAUAGUAGCAAAAAGGAUGACGAAUCUUUGGAAUGUACGAAAGCGCCCGCCACUCUCGAGGAAUGCACAAGAAACAUUAUCGAAGGACCGAGCUGCGAAGGAUCGAAUCGGCCGCGGGAUACCGGCGACGAUUGCAUAUGCUGCGAGAUACCGGGCACGAAGGAUCUGCGAAUUAACAUUCGCAGGAAAACGGAGGUCACGCGUACUCUGCCGUGCACUCCGAGUCCGGAAAUGACUCACGCCAUUCGGAUCGCGAUGAAGUAUCACGACCGGAUACAAAGCUGCGAUACGGGAUGCAAAACCGACGACGACGAGAGCCCGCGCGAGGAGCAGGGAGGAGGGGGAGGAGGGGGAGGAGGACGGAAAGCGAGCGGCGGAAGAGGCGGAGAGAGAUGGCAAGCGAACGAAGAACGAGAGGAGCAAGAAGGAUCUUCAAGGUCCGUCGAACGCGAGGAAGGAAUCGGUGAAGCACGACGUUCGCUGGGUCGGCGCGAACGCCACGUUAGACUUCACGCUAAAUUGCAAUAGCGUGCGACUGACUAGUCGUGACACGAGUUCGAAGGCGGCGUCGAGAGGCGAGAGGCAAGAACGGCCGGAAACGCGAAGCUAGUUCGCGUGGCUUUCCUCUCGAAAGCGCCUCUUUUGCUCCGAGAUCCGUGUUCCGCGAUGGAUGCUGUGGCUUUAAAUAUACAUAUCAGUAAAGCACAUAAUAGUUCAACAAUUUGUCUACCUGCUCCCCACGAAGUUUGCCAAAGUUAUUACUCGCACGCGUUUAAACUAAUUUUUUUUUCUUUUUCUGAAAAUUAUCCUUUGUGGUACAAUUCAUUUAACUUGACUUUUUUCAAGGAGACGAGAUAAAUAAAAUACCUUAAAAGUCGAAUAAGUAAAAUAAAUUCUUCUCGUAAUGAA